GUCUCUCCAAGAAGACUCCACAAUGAAAAAAACAACCCAGAGUUGCUUCUUACUCAUCAUCCUUCUAACUAGAAUUGUUCCAAGUCUUUCUUCUACUGUAAAUUAUACUGAUCCUACAUUAGAGCCUGUUGUAACUGAAAAUUCAGUCAUAAGGCAGAAGAUCAUAGAUUCGCAGUUCAAAUGUUAUGAGAGGAUGAACAGAGCUCCUCCAUACAAGAAAAAAGGUCUGUUCUGCAACCGAACAUGGGAUGGCUGGUUGUGCUGGGAUGACACACCUGCUGGAAGGCUCACGGCUCAGAAUUGUCCUGAUUAUUUUCCAGACUUCGAUCCAACUGAGAGGGCUUCAAAAUACUGUGAUGAAACUGGAAAUUGGUUCCGCCAUCCUGAGAGCAACCGAACUUGGUCCAACUACACCCUGUGCAACUCUUUCACCUCUGAAAAACUGAAGAUGGCGUUCAUACUUUAUUAUAUGGCAAUCGUGGGCCAUGCUUUAUCUAUAACAUCCCUGUUGAUUUCCUUGGCAAUUUUCUUCUAUUUCAAGAGCCUCAGCUGUCAAAGGAUAACACUGCAUAAGAAUUUGUUUUUUUCCUAUGUGCUGAACUCCAUGUUUACAAUUGCCCACCUCAUUGCUGUCGUUCCUAACCCAGGCCUUGUAAAAAGGGAUCCUGUAAGCUGCAAAGUGCUGCAAUUCUUUCAUCAGUACAUGCUGGGCUGCAACUACUUCUGGAUGCUCUGCGAAGGCAUUUAUCUCCACACGCUGAUCGUGGUGGCAGUGUUUGCUGAGGAGCAGCGCUUGCACUGGUAUUACCUCCUGGGCUGGGGGUUCCCUUUAGUGCCAGCAUCCAUUCACGCAGUUGCAAGAGCCAGAUACUUCAAUGACAACUGCUGGAUGAGUGUUGACACACACUUGCUUUAUAUUGUUCAUGGACCUGUAAUGGCAGCUUUAUUGGUCAAUUUUUUCUUUUUGCUUAACAUUGUCCGAGUUUUGGUGACAAAGCUGAGAGAUACCCACCGUGCUGAGUCCAACAUGUAUAUGAAAGCUGUCAGAGCCACUUUAAUCCUGGUGCCCUUACUAGGAAUUCAGUUUGUUAUUAUUCCCUGGAGACCAGAAAACCGACUUGCUGGAGAAAUAUAUGAUUACAUCAUGCAUAUACUAAUGCAUUACCAGGGCUUACUUGUGGCUACCAUAUUCUGCUUUUUCAAUGGUGAGGUUCAAGGAGCUCUGAAGAGGCAAUGGACCCAGUACAAAACCCAGUGGGGCCAAAGGCGCCGGGAGCACUGCUCCACACGAUCUACCUCCUACACUGCCACGUCAAUCACAGAGGUCCCUGUUUACCUCUACCAUCAUGAUGCCAACAAUGAACAGUUAAAUGGAAGAUACGUAGAGGACUCUGAACUCGUUGCAUUAAAAUCUGGAGAGACAUCUGCCUAGCUGAGCACCAGCCACUGCAAACACAUCAUUUCAUGUUCUGCUUGUGAAAAAAUUGGGGAGAAGGGUGGGUGUGUGGAAAUCCAAGAUGGUGUGUCAGAGAGUAGGCUCAGGCAGAAGGACACAUCCUAUUCAAACCACAUCAACCUCUGACAGCAGUGAUGUAGAAGGAGUGUGAUGUAGACCUGGAAUAACAUUUCGUCCUGUGCACUGCAGCAGGGAGUGAACAUGGGCCUGCCCACCAAGCUGCAUAAUCUCCACAUGUCCUGAUACCAUCUGGCAUUU